AUGUCAUUGAAUUUGCACGAACGACUGUCCACGGACGGAUCUUUCAGGUUGCUGCACCUCACCCCUGAAUUACUGGAGGUGUUAAAAGAUUCGAAUUCAAAACUACAGUUUAAGGCUGCAGGCAACGAUGAGGACGAUGGUGAUGUGGUGUUGUGUUCGAGAGACAAGACAUGGCUGCUAAGGCAGAAGAACCAUUCCAAUACUGUAAUGCUUAUGCAUGAAUUUACACCUGAACAAGAAACGUCAUUAGAAACUACAUUUGGAUUACCGAAUCCUACUAGUGAUUUUGCAGGGUUUGCAAGAACUACUUUUGAAUACGAGACAAAGAAAGUUUCAGGUAUAAUAAAUUUAGAUUCAGUCCCCGUUCAUAAUGGCAGUUUGGAUUUCCCACCUGCAGAUGGUCAAGAUUUACCCGUAAAGAGCAUGGACGAUCUUCUAGCGAGUUCAGCGUGUUCAGAGAAGGAAUGUCUUUCACAAUGGAAUCAAUUGGGAGGAUGUACAGUCAAAGGAUAUCCUUGCAUUCUUUCUUCAGAUUUUUUAAGCAAGGCACUUCAUGUAACACUAAUGAGUGCAAUGGCAGAAUCAUUAGACUUUUCCAGACUAAAGCUGGAUGAAACUUUUGAUGCUGUUAAUAAGGAUAUGGAUCAGGAUUCUAAUCCAUAUACUAGGGAAGUAAUUAAAACCACUUUAGAGAAAUAUGGGAAAAGAGUGAAGGAUGAUGAUGAUUGCUGGCAAUUAGAUCAGAAGAAAGUUGCAGAAUGGUACGGAAUUAGAGCGCUAAGGAAGUAUGCAUCUCAAAGUAGUAUACCUCCGGCAGAAUUUCUUAUUAAAUGGAAAUCAACUUUCCCACCGUAUGCACCCUUUGAUAUUGAGAUUGAAAUGCUUCGCGGUUGGUUCUUUAGACCAACUGGUUCCAAUUUACAAUAUUUAUCAAAAAACACUUUACCAUCGGACAUAAAGGAAAGGUUUAAGAUGUUGUUUAAGUUACAAUCACAAUGGGAUAUGGAUGAUAUCGCACCGUUCGUUGAAGAAUUAAAUACAAAGGGCCUCAAGAUUGAUGUAUUUAUCAUGAAAUAUGCUCGUAAGAGAAGAGUCGGUAAAAAAUUCAUAAUAUCUAGUAGAUGA